AUGUUUUCAUAAGCUUUCAGAAGAGGUCAAUAACCAUAAUAAUAGUAGCCAUAACCAUUAGGAAUAUCUUUUCAUAAGUAAGAAACUAAAGUUAUUUAGUUAAUUGUAAGCCCAACAAACAAAAUCCUUUUCUUAAACCUAAUAUGAAAAGGAGAAUAUUAGCUAAUUUCUUGGUUCAACUAAAAGAUAAAAUUUAAAUGAAUCCUUCUAUUAAGAAUAGUAAGUACCCCAAAUAUCGGAAGUUUAUAGGAUCUUAGAAUAACUACAAUAAAUGAUGAUAGUAAAAUUUAAUGACUUUUAAAAUGUAAUUAAUGAACAAGAAAAAGCCAUUAAACCAUUAAUUGAUUAAAAUACUUAAUUAAAUAACUAAUUAACUAAUGUACUUUAGUAAAGUGAGAAAAUACUUUCCUAACUCACAGCUAAUCUGGAGAAGAGUGAUUAGAUAAAUAAAAGGAAUCAAAAGAGGAAAAGCAAUGAGGGAUAAGAGAGUGAUUUUGGAGCAGUUUAAUAACUAUUGAAGACAUUAGAUGAUAGAUUGA